AUGUCGGCAACGGGAUACAAGCAAGAGAGCAGAUCGGGGGGGGGAGGGGGUGGCGGCGGUGUUGGAGACAUGUCGAUGAGCGGCCGAUACCUGCCUGUGCGUGAGAGCCUGAAGGGUCAGACGAACGGGCGCAUUUGCCGGAAGAGGGCUUAUCGGCCGAAGGGGUGUAUCUUGGUGACCGUUCCGGCUACCUUGCGCGUUACAAGGCUGUUAUCGCAACGCCCUCCCGCUGGGGGCUCGCUCAUUCGUUCAGGUCAAGUCAUCUGA